UUGUUGACGCCAGUGGCAAACCAGGCAGCGGUAUUUACGGUGGUAAUACUCUAUGGUAUGGAUCAUACAGUGAAUGUAAAAAACUGCCUGACUCCCGCUAUUGUUGGACAGCGUUUCCUGGAAAGAUAUUUCUGGCCGAUAACAAGACAGAG